AUGUCCACAAGCGAUUCUUCAGACGAUGAAUCCACAAGAGGAGAGCAGUCUCUCAGGACGAAAUUAUAUAACGCUCGGCGGCCGAGUGCGUUUGAGAAAACGUACGGCGACUUCAUCCCCGAAGGUGUUUUAGGCGAAUUGCUCACAGAGGAGAUGAUUAAACAUGUGUUGAACAUCAAGAAGCCGACGCCAGAAGAUGACGCAUUGGUACAAUUCAUCAGGACACAGGCGCAGAAAUCCUUCGCCAUACUUGUGUCUGCAAGAUUAAACAAAAUCGGCAAGAUCAUGAAGUGGUUCAAAUCAAAGGGCUUGAACGACAGCGACCUACCGGUCACCGAUCCCGAGAACGCUUUCUGCAAAAGAUCCUGGUACCGUGAGCUCAUUGACCAUCAGUGGAAGUUCUAUGCCGCCAAGUUCUCAACCACGAAAUAUAACCAUGACUUCGAAGAGUCUCGCAUACUCCCUUUUACAUCCAAAAAACUUGACGACGAUACGCCUUUCGCUGUAAAAGAGAUUCAAGCUACGGAAGACGCGCAAGAAGUAGCAGAACACUGGGAAAAAGAAGUCAAGGCUCUCAGGACGAUGAAUAGGUUGAAUCAAGAGCAUAUCGUCCGCUUUAUCACGGCCUUCCGACGGCGGCGACAGCAUGGAGCAGAGGAGCAUUACUUGAUGUUCGAAUGGGCAGAUGGCGGCAAUCUUCGGACUUUGUGGAAAAGUAUGCCCUCACCUACUUUGACCGCACCACUAGUCAAAGACGUUGUCAAACAAGUCCUCGGGCUCGCUAAAGCACUUGAUGCUGCCCAUAAUCUGAACGCGACUGGCGCUUCGUAUCGACAUGGCGAUCUCAAGCCUGAGAAUAUCCUGGUCUUCAGAGACGGUGGAUUGAUUGGCACUCUCAAGGUUGGCGACUGGGGGGAGGCUAGAGAGCACGGCCAGGCUACCGAGAUGCGCCCUAGCAAGACAACGGCAAAGUAUGGGACCCGUCGUUAUGAGGCGCCGGAGGUAGAAACGGGUGUCACAGCCAAGUGGUUGGGGCAAUCGACUAAGCGGCGUUCACGACUGUACGAUAUCUGGGCAAUGGGCUGCAUUACCCUGGAACUCACUAUAUGGCUCCUGUACGGCAUGGAAGGCCUCAACCGUCUCGAUCGCGAGUUGGGAUAUGGCAGCUUCUACCAGACCAGUGUCGUGAACGGGAAAAAGGUGGCCCAAGUACACAAUGCUGCUGUGCGCUGGAUGGAUCGAAUGGCGGACGAUCCCAGGUGCCAGGUGGGUAUUACUGCCAUUGGUAAUCUUCUGGAGCUAGUGCGAACAGCCUUGCUGGUUGUGAAGCUUCCGCGAAGGCUUGGUACAACACUCUCUAGCAUCCCCGAGAGAUCACGCACAGAUUCAUUCGUAGAUCCACACAUGGACGUCGCUCGAGUGACAUCUCAGAACAUCGCCCCCGAUGAAGAGGCUAUCGAAUCGACCCCACAGCCCGCGAUAGAUGUCCCUUCUUUUAGCUUCACCCCCGCGGAGCCAGAGCCCGACAGAUUCCCCAUACAGCCAGAGCCCGAGGCCCGCGGACCUUCUCGGUGUCUGGCAACCGAGUUCCGCAAACGUGUUGAGACCAUCAACGAAGAAGAUGAAGAUGAAAGCUAUUGGUACGCGCACACUCUUGACGCACAGAAGCUCGCGGGCCUUUCACUGUCGUACUCAUAUCCAAGUGCGUCAUCUUCACCAUCAGAUUACGGUCCAGCAAAUGGGUAUCAGGCACAAGAUGUCGCAGUCUCAAUGCAGAACGGGAAUGGGCGAAUAGAGACCUCGACUAUCAAAUUCGAACGGACGGGUCCUUUUUUGAGGAUAGAGAGUUCCGGUCCACGUAUCUUAUCCAUCGUUCGAGAUCCUGAACAACUGCUGCCGCCUACCAGCGAGUUCCAGUUAGGAUUCGUUGGGCUUCCGGAGGCCGGUCGCUCCACACAUCUAGAGGUCAUCAAGUACUGGCUCAGUGACUGCGAUAGACACCACGGAUGCAAGCCGCUCGAGCAUGCUGCCACUGGGGCCAAGCUUCGAUUACCGACCAGGUUACUCGACGUUGGAAAAAUGGGAGACGAGAGUGUUCGGCUGUGGGCCACGAACCCUAACGACUCCGGCGAAUGGAUUGCAUUGUCGCACCGAUGGGGACUUCAACACCUUUCGACUACCCCCGAGACUCUCCAGUCACAUCUUGAUGGCAUUCAACUCAGCGCUCUCCCAGCCACUUUCAGAGAUGCAGUGAUAGUGACUCGCGCCCUAGGGCGUCGCUACCUCUGGAUUGAUUCCCUUUGCGUUAUCCAAGGGCCGGGCGGCGACUUCAACACCGAGGCAAAACGAAUGGAAGACGUCUACAGCGGCGCUUACUGUGUGAUCGCUGCAAGCUGUUCAGCUGACCAUUUUUCGGGUUUUCUCAAGCAGCGAAAACGCAGGAGCUAUGUUGGUUUGUGCCGCGAAGGCAAAGGCGAGACACCCUUCUAUGUGUGCGAAAGUAUCGACAACUUCAAGGACCAUGUUCUCGAUGGCGAGCUGAACAGUCGCGGUAAACUUUGUGCUUUCCUGGGAGAUCCAGACUUCCCACACAUCCUCUACAACGCAUCUCAAGGCGAGAAGAUUUUGCGUUACCAAGAGCUCUACCGCGAAUACUCCCGACUUGGUCUAUCACAGCCAUACGACCGACCGACUGCUAUUGAUGGACUUCAACAACGCCUUCUCCGCACGAUGCGGGUAAAGGGUGGCUUCGGUAUCUUCGAUGAAGGUGUGACGCGUGGCCUGCUCAGAAGAAGUCUUCUUUGGCGCCGCGGUGUCGACACCCCAAGUUUGACACGUAUCCAUUUCCCGUCAUAUAGUGUUGUUUCUAAUGUGCCAUCAUGGUCGUGGAUGGCAUACACGGGCGGAAUCGAUUACCUACAGCCCGAGUUCAAUAAUUUCGAGUGGGAGGACCUACAAUCGCCGUGGUCACCCAAGGCCCCAGAUAAUGUAUCCAGCACAGACUUCAACGUGGCUAAUAUGGCACUCCACGCCACAGCGCGGGAAUAUGAUCUCGGUGCAGCGGUGCAGGGCGAGGGUGAUCUGAUCUUCGACACACCAAAUGGGUCUGCUAGACCAGAAACGGUGUGCGUUGUGCUUGGAAAGGCAAGAGGCAGUCUUUCUACCCAGACGCAGAGACACUAUGUCUUAAUCAUCGCGGCAAUAGGACGAAGGGACCGGACCGUGAAGAAGGUGUACGAGCGCGUAGGCACAGGAUAUCUGCCUGGGAAGUGUAUUUCACCCAGUGGAUUCAGCGUGAUGGUCCAUUGA